AUGGUUGGAAGUUUUUCAGAUAUAGGAGCAACAUCCACCGAUUUCUGCAAUUUUAGAAGGGACUUGUUGGCAUAUAUUGCCGGAGCAGAUGCACAAAUGGUAGUAGAAGAUAUGUACAAAAAUAAAGAGAUGGAACCAGACUUCUACUUCGAUUUUGAUCUCAACGAAGAUAGGGAGCUAUGCAGGCUUUUUUGGGCAGACACGAUAUCCCGGAAGAAUUAUGCAUGUUUUGGUGAUGUGGUGUCAUUCGACGCAACUUACAGCACAAACAGAUACAAGCUCGUAUUUGUACCGUUUACAGGAGUCGACAACCAUAAACGGAGCAUUACAUUUGGGGCAGGCCUCAUUGCAAGAGAGGACGUGGAGUCAUACGAGUGGCUAUUAAAAAACUUCAAAACCGCGAUGGGCUAUACACCAAGAUGUGUUAUUACAGAUCAAGACCCUGCAUUAAAGGUCGCAAUACCUAACAUUAUGCCGGAAACAAGGCACCGAUUCUGUAUGUGGCACAUCAUGGAAAAAGUGGGGGACAAGGUAGGGAAUGCACUAGCACAAAACAUGGAGUUUAGAAAGGCACUGAACAAUGCAGUAUGGGACGAAACUUUAAGUGUAACUGCAUUCGAAUUGAAAUGGGCAAAGGUAAUGCAGGAGUACAACCUUGUUCAACACCGGUGGUUUGAUCAAAUGUACAAAGCCCGUGCAUCAUGGAUACCUGCAUAUUUCCAAGAUAUAUUCAUGGGGGGACUACUCAAAACAACAUCACGGUCAGAAUCAGAGAACAGUUAUUUUGGCAAAUUCACCAAUCACCACAACAGCUUGGUAGAGUUCAUAAUGCAAUACAACCGCGCCAUCGGAGAACAGAGGUACCACAAAAAACAACUGGACGCCGAGGGCGAAAGUUCAUUCCCUGAAACCAAAACCCCAUUGGCCAUAGAACGCCAAGCUGCUGCAAUGUACACCAAAAACAUAUUCUACGACUUCUAG